AAUGGAUAACUCAGAAACAAAAGAAAAUCAAGAAAAAUAAUUUAUUUGUAUUGACCCAAAAUGCGAUUAAUAAAAUAGAUUAUUCAAAUCGAAAAAUGAGAAUCAUCCUCAUAAGUCUCACGAUCAUUAAUUAUACUCUGAAUUCUAAAAACUAAUUCGUGCAUAAUUUCCAUAAUAAAUUAGAGAAUAAAUCAAUCAAUAAUUUAGCAAGGAUGAAUUGAUCAAAGCAAUCCAAACGAGAUCAGUAUAAAUGCAUGAGUCUGUUAAAAAUUUUGAAGAAAAUCUAAUUAAGUAUAUGUAACUCAUUAUGAAUCAUUAGAACUAUCGAAGCAUAUGAUAUUUUGGGGGCUGAUAAAGCUUCUAUUAAUCAAACUUUAAGUUAAUUAAAUGAACAGAAUCCUCCACAACAACUUAAUAUUUAAGGAUUAAUGCAUGUGCUAAAAUUCAAUAAAUUGGGUCCCCAAAAGGUUUUGGAAAAAUGGAAAAGGGAAAACGAAAUCAUCCUCAAAGAACUUAGUACUUAAGCAGAUGCAGCCUUAAAAACUCUAGGGAAUGUAACCAUUUCAAGUUAUAUGCACAUUUAACAUUUAUAAAGCCCAUUGAUUUUAUAAAAGUAAUUCCUAAUUUUAUAUGUAGAAUGCACUUUGCUUGGAGUUAAAACUAUAAGGCAAGUUCUAUUACAAUUAGAGAAGAUGCAGCAUAUGAGAAAGGCAAUUCAAUGGGAUUGAUUUGUAUCCAAUAGAUUUUGGAAAAAGAUUAAGUGCAAAGUCUCACUAUUGAUGUUAAAGAAAGAGCUGGAGUAUCAUAAAUUUGAAUAAAUAGAAUCUUUACAUAGGAGUUGUAGAUAUGAAUGAGAGAAAGUAAAGAGGUAGAAAAGCAUUCAGUUUCCAUGAUUGGAAUGAAUCAGGACAUGGAUUAUAUCUGCUUUAUCAUGGAGGAUGUAGAAGAAUCUCUUUAUAUUAGAUGUUUUUAGUUCGAAUGAUCCAUCAAUAAAUAGUAAAAAGGCUGGCUUUACGUUUGAUUAAAGCGACAAGAUUAUCCUAACUUGGAAUGGCCCUGAGCAUGCUGUCACUAUUCUUAAGGUAGGAAGCAGUCAUGUAAUAAUCAAAAACAUUAUAUAAGCAAUUUACAUUCAAAGUUAAUCCUGAUGGAUAAUAUCAUUUUGCGGCAGGUUUGUUCAAAUGUGAGAUAAGAUUGCUUGAAUGAUUAAUUUAAUUCUAAUGAUU